AUGUAUAGUGCGUGUCCGGCCUCACCUGUGUCUCCCUCCUCAGAGAGCACGUUUGCGGAGAGCGUGGGCUCCAGCGUCCUGAGCGCCGCGCGACUCAGUGCCUAUCUCCCGCAGAGCAACCACGACUCGGCCAACUACAGCAACAACCAGCUGGAGACCAACCAGGCCGCCGCCGCCAAGUUCGCCACGCUACACCUGAGCAACUGCAACACGCUGAUCCCCGUCUGCGGCUCCUCGACGCCCUCGUCCUCCAGGCCGAGCCGAGGCCCGCUCGACACACACCUGCACUUCCACCCGGUGCGGGGGCCCGACGUGGUGCUCUCGAACGACCGCACUGUCGCGUGCACACACUUUCUGGACAGCAGCCGGACUCUGAUGUUCAGCGACCGGCCCGUUCGGGUGGGCGAGACUCUUUACGUCGAGGUGGGGCAUUUGGGGUUGCCGUACUUCGGGGCUCUUCUCUUUGGCAUGACCUCUUGUGACCCUGGCAGCCUCAGCGCGGGGGACCUGCCGGCCGACCCGGAGGUGCUUCUGGACCGUAAGGAGUAUUGGGUGGUGUACAGGGGCUUCCCGGUGCCGGCGGCCGGAGACGUGCUCAGCUUCACCUUCAUGCCCAGCGGAGAGGUGCAUCAUGGGGUCAACGGCGGGGCGAGCGCUCGGCUCCUGUGUGUCGACUCCUCUCAGGUUCUGUGGGCCUUCUUCACGCUCCACGGGGCCGUGAACCGACUCAGGAUAUUAGGAACGGUUCAGGCCAGCGCCCCCACCUCCCCCUCAGUGUCUCAGGGAUCAACGGCUGACGACAGCGACUCAGAUCUGGCUUUCAGUGUCAACAGAUCCUCGUCAGCAUCCGAGUCGUCUCUGGUGACGGCUCCCAGCUCUCCUCUCAGUCCUCCCGUCUCACCCACCCUGUCCUUGUGCGACGCCCCUCUGAGCACCAAGAGCAGCGAGUGCACCGUGUGCUUCGACCAGGAGGUGGACACCGUCAUCUACACCUGUGGACACAUGUGUCUGUGCAACGACUGCGGACUGAGGCUCAAGAGACAGACCAACGCAUGCUGUCCCAUCUGCCGGAGACCCAUCAAGGACGUCAUCAAGACCUACAGACCCUGAAGGGGCGGGAACCUUUUCUAUCCGU